AUGAUGAUCAAAUCCUUUAUCUGGAAUAUAAGAUCAGUGAAGACUCAAAAAGCUUUUCAUAGGCUGCAAAUGUUACAAAGACACCACAAGUUUAUGUUCAUUGCAUUACUGGAACCUUUUCAAAAUGCUAGGCAUAUACAUAAGUACAGAAGGAGAUUGAAUAUGUCACUGGCUGCUGCAAAUUAUAAUGGUAAGAUAUGGUAUUUUACAAAUGAUGUUGUAGAUGUGGAGGUGUUAAUGGAUACUGCACAACAAGUCACUCUUAAGCUACACUUAUUGGAGGAGGAUAGAUUCAUGAUAGUUACUCUAGUUUAUGCUAAGUCUUGUGAAUUAUUCAAAGUUGGUUAUAGAGGUAGUCCUUUUACCUGGUGGAAUGGGAGGGUUGGUGAUGAUUGCAUUUUUGAAAGAUUAGACAGGCUUCUAGUGAAUCAAGAAUUGCAAAAUUGGUUUGGUAAUUUGGAGGUUCAACACAUUUCCAGGCCUUUCAGGUUCUUGGAAUUUUGGGUAGAAAAUGAAACGUUCAAGGAUGUGGUACAACAACACUGGAUAUCUGAGGCCACUGGAAAUCCUUAUAUUGAUUUUAAGCGGAAAUUGAAGAAUGUGAAAUUGGCAUUGAAGCAAUGGAGUAAGGAGACUUUUGGAGAUAUAUUUAAGCAGUUGGAAAUUAGAGAGGACAUAGUGAAGAUCAAAGAACAACUGUUUGAAGAUGCUCCAACUGAUUUGAAUAGAAUGGUACUUCAUAAGGCUCAGGCUGAAUUCAAGAGAUACUUACACUUUGAAGAAGAAUUUUGGAGACAGAAAUCUGGUUAUAAUUGGUUUGAGGAGGGGGAAAGAAAUACUAGAUUUUUUCAUAAUCUGAACCAAUUUACUCAAGAAGGUGAUAACACUGAGUUCUCUUUGCUUCAACAUAUUCCUGAGUUGAUUUCUGCAGAAGACAAUUCUGCCCUUUGUAUAUUUCCCAAUCUUGAAGAGGUUAAGAAGGCAGUGUUUGAGUUGAAUGGUGAUAGUGCUAGUGGUCCUGAUGGAUUCACUGGAUGUUUCUUUCAAACAUGUUGGGAGAUAGUGGGUUCUGAUGUGCUGAAUAUUACACAGGCUUUCUUUUAUGGUCAUACACUACCAAAAUCAAUAACUCACACUAAUCUAAUCUUGCUACCAAAGAAGAAUGAAGUGAUCACUUUUUCUGACAUGAGGCCCAUAAGUUUGAGUAAUUUCAUUAACAAGGUGUUGUCAAGGGUAGUGCAUGAUAGAUUGGAUAAAGUCCUGCCUUCUCUUAUAUCUGCUAAUCAAUCUGGUUUUGUUAAGGGGAGGAACAUCAUAGAGAAUGUACUAUUGACACAGAAGAUAGUUACUGAUAUAAGAAAAAGGGGCAAGCCAGCAAAUGUUAUCAUCAAACUUGACAUGACAAAAGCCUAUGAUAAAGUAUCAUGGCUAUUUCUUACAAGAGUCUUGGUGAAAAUGGGAUUUGCCAAUGGUUUUGUGGAUAUGGUGUGGAGUUUAUUGGCUAACAGCUGGUAUUCUAUUUUAAUUAAUGGGCAGGCUCAUGGUUUUUUUCAUUCUACCAAGGGUGUGAAGCAAGGAGAUCCACAUUCUCCAGCUCUAUUUAUAUUAUCAGCAGAGGUGUUAACAAGAGCCUUAAAUGCUUUGUUUGAUAAUGAUCUGUACAAAGGCUUUGGGAUGCCAAAAUGGAGUGCAAAUUUGAAUCAUCUUGCUUUUGCAGAUGAUACCAUCAUGUUUGCUUCUGCAGAUAAAACAUCUCUGGAUAUGAUAAUGCAGACUUUGCAUGAAUAUGAGAAUCAAUCUGGCCAAAAGAUCAAUAAACAGAAGAGUGCAUUUUAUAUGCAUAGAAAUGUGCCAGAUGCUUUGGUGGAUCAAGUACAACAGAAGAGAAGGUUGUAUUAUGCUGAUGUUAUCAAAAAAGUGAAAGAUAGACUACAAGCUUGGAAGGGUAGAAUACUAUCAUAUGGUGGGAAAGCAGUGUUAAUAGCUAGUGUUCUUCAGAGCAUCCCUAUACAUUUGUUGUCUGUAAUUGUUCCUCCCAAAUGUGUCAUUCUUGAGAUUCAUAAGAUGUUUGCAAAGUUCUUCUGGAGCAAUAAGGAAGAAGGUAAAUGUAGACACUGGUCAUCCUGGCCUAAUGUUUUCUUACCAAAGGAUGAAUGUGGUUUGGGCUUCAGGUCUAUUUUUGAUGUUUCAAAAUCCAUGUUUGCUAAAUUAUGGUGGAAAUUUAGGACAGGUAAAUCUCUGUGGGUCAACUUCAUGUGGAACAAAUACUGUAAAAAACAUAUUCCCUCAUUGGUUCAAGGGAAAGGAGGUUCCCAACUCUGGAAGAUGAUGUUGGAGAAUAGAGAAGUGAUUGAGAAACAGAUGUGGUGGGAACCUAGAAAUGGAGCAGCAAGUUUGUGGUAUGAUAAUUGGAGUAGGUUAGGGCCACUGCACAUGCAAGAUGGUGUUCACAUCAAUAAUCCUGAUGCUGAAGUAAAAGACAUAUUAGAAAGAGGAGGAUGGAAUAUUAAUUUGAUGCAAUCUAUGAUACCUGGUUAUGUAGUGGAACAUGUAAAACAAUACUUCUCCAAUUAUACAAUCACUGAUGAAUGUGAUCAUCCAUGGUGGUUAAUGACAACCUCUGGAAAAUUUUCAGUAAGUAGUGCAUGGGAAUUGUUGAGAAAUAGACGAAAUGCUGCAUAUCAGUUUAGAAAUAUAUGGGUGAAAGGACUACCUUUUAAGAUAUCCUUUUUCUUAUGGAGAUUAUGGAAAGCAAAACUGCCUAUUGAUGAAGUUCUAGCUAAAACUGGCACUUCUGUGGUCUCUAGAUGUCUAUGUUGCCCCUCUCCACAGCUAGAAUCAAUGGAUCAUCUUUUUCUUACAGGUAUAUUUGCUACAAGGGUGUGGAAAUACUAUACUGAUGCUACAGUAAUUCAAGGACCUUUCAUUCAAGUUAAACAAGCUGUUCAUAAAUGGUGGGAGAGUCUACCUGUAUCAUGGCCUUAUUUGGUGCAGUGCCUAGAAGAAUGCAGGCCAUUUAUAGGAUUGAAACUGUUUCAGUGGAACAGGCCUAAUUUUGGAUGGUAUAAAUGUAAUACAAAUGGUGCAUCUAGAGGAAAUUCAGGUCCUAGUUCAACUGCUUUUUGUGUCAGAAACCAUGAAGGAGAUUUGAUAUGUGCUAAAGGGAGAGGAUUACCUGAUUCUACAAAUAUAGUUGCUGAGGCUGUGGCCAUUAAAGAGGGUUUAGAGUUUGCAUCAGCAGGCAGUUAA